AUGGAAGAUACAAUCAUGAUGGAUUUGAAAAUAACUCUAGUAGAUAGGGAAUCCUACUUGUAUGAUAUCAGUUUGUCUCCACCAUCAUCCUCUCAAGAUUAUUGUUGUUCCUCUCCGAGUAAUGAAUUAAUGAUGCUUGAAGAUGAAUAUUAUCAACAUCCAGAUACAAUUGCUCAUCAUGAUGCUGAUUUUUCAUGUCUUCCUGAUGAGUUACUCAUGGAAAUAUUUUCCUAUCUUUCUCCAAUUCCAAAUUAUAUUCGAUUGAGGAGGUUGAACAAGGAUUGGAAAGUGUAUUUUGAGAAGAUUCUGACUAGACAAGUUUCCUUUCAUUUGGCCUACUCACAAUGGAUAGAUAUUGCAAGUGUGUCUAUGCAUAACUUGUCGGAAACUAUGAAAUUAUUGCCGAAUGUUGAACAAGUUGUCGUUUAUAAUAUUAAUAAUAUCGAGGAUUGCAGUCUUUUUAGAUUAUUCAAGAAGAAUUUCAAAAAACUAAAGAGAAUCAAGUUUACCAAUUGCAUUUUCAGAAAUUGUGUUUGGUUAGUGAUUCCAUCAUUGCGUAAGUUUGAAAUGAGUAAUUAA